UGAUACUCCCGGAGAUAAGGAGUCCGUUCGUUCGAAACGUUUUCGCUAGCCAGUCGAAUCUUAAUAGCAGUCAAAUACAAAUUCCGCUGGAAAUCGAUGUUAACAAUCUUGUCGCCAGUACUGACCAGCGAUAGUUCCGAGCAAGUAUCUUCGAGGCUUAUUAGCAUAUGUGUCAACUUCUUCUUUCGGAAGUGAAGCCUAGAAAAUCUGUGGAUGCGCCGAGCUGCAGGCCUUAAAAAGGCUGCAACUCCACCAAAGUGUCAGAAGUGUGGUUUCCAAAAACGCGAGUCCUUAUGAAAAACAGCAGAAGGAGCCAAAACUAUCUAAAAAUGCCCUGAUAUUUACUGAAAACCCUUUAGACCAGUGACCGAGUUGUGUGAAAAGUUCAACAUGUGCGAGGGUUCUGUGAUUGUGGUGAAUUGUCCUGUCCCCGAUCCUAGUACAACAUAUAAGCAAGUGCUGCACCUAGUCGAUAUCCUACUCUCCUCGUUCGUUAUUGGACCCUUGGUGAUCGCUGCUUGGAGAGGAAUAUGGAAUCUCGCCGAUAUCUACUUGUUCCCUGACGACGGUAUCGACUCAGCCCUUGCGUCCAUUGUGAUUGGCCUGGUCGGAUACAUGCUUUUCAUGCUACCCCAGAAACUCAUCUGUGAUAGUUUCAACCGCGACAAACACCGAAUUACAUUCUAUAUAUUUUCGCGGUUGUAUACCUUCAUUUUCGCUGUGAUUAGUGUUCUAGGCUGUCGCGGACCGUGGAAUCUGGUUGACCUUCUAACUCCGUAUGAGCUAACGUGGAUAAAUUUACUCACAGUUGCCGCCGUGGUUCUUUUGAUUGUGACGAAGUCUCUGGCAAAUGUAAAUGCGGCUCCAUUCCUAAUAACGACCGAUGAGCAUGAAGAUUACUUCCUAAUCAACACGAGGUUCAAAACAUCUGCGACUGAAGAGCCCGUAAUCUACAUCUUGGAUUGCUUAUUUUCAACCCUUGUCAUUGGAUCAUUAGUGGCUGUUGCUUGGCGCGGUAUUUGGGCGGUGUGCGAUAUUCUGCUGUAUCCUGAUGAUGGCGCUUAUUCAGCCUGGGCAUCAACGAUAAUAGGUUACACGCUAACAGCACUCACAUUCGCCAUUCAGCCGAUCACAAGGUCCUUGUGUGACCAAAUUGAUGGCUAUCGCCGCAUUGCAGUGGCCGACGCAUUCCUAUUUUUCAGCUUCAUAGGAUGUGUGAACGUGUGGCGGGGAAUAUGGAUGCUAUUGGAUGUCUACUUCAUCCCCGAUGACUACACACUAAGCAACUGGGUCUCAUACUGUCUAUCAUUCCUGCUCCUCGUACUAUUGAACUGCUCCAACUCGAUCCUGGUUCGGGGUGUAUUUAUCGAUGCCGAAGAACCAUCUGGGAAGUGUGUGGUCUUUCCGAUUUAUUAUAUUCGAUUAGUAUUCCAAAAACAGAGAAGUAAGAAAUAUAGAUACUUAAUUGAUCUAUUCAGAGAACAGAAUCAGGACAAGAAUAUCUUAGUAGUUUUAGAGAAGAACCAAGAAGAUUGUACAACGAAUGUUAUACACAUAAAUACUGGGAUUUCGGAUGAGAAAUUGGAAAAAUCAAAAGGUUUCGCGACACAGAAUUGUAUGGGAGAGGACGCGGUUCUGAUAAAUGAAUAUAGAAUAGUUUUUGAUUGAUGUGUAUAAGUAUAUUAGGCUUUUUAAUUAAAUGAAACUCAUUACUGAA